AUGUCAACUCCUGAUUCAAUGCCAACUACACGUAAUUACGGUUCAGUAUCUGCACCUGCUCAGGUCGAUGAAGAGAAUCCAACCCAAGAUCCAUUCACUUCUCCAGCCGAAUCAUCCAGCACAAACUACAUUCGCAAAUUCUCUCGCCAUACACUUCCAAAAUCAUAA